UCUCCGGGCUAUAUGUGGCAUUUCGAAGCUCUGACAAUCUGCUUCCAAAUGUUUUCCAUAUUUGUUCAGCCUCCUUGAUUCAAAUACCAGGAACAAGUCAGCCGGCACAAAGCGAAGCUUUGGGGGGCAGAAAGCUCUCGCCCCCUCGGCGUGCGCGCACACACACGUGAAAGCCCCAAAUCCGCCGGCAUGGGGAAGGAGGAGAAGAAAACCCAGCACAGCACGUCCCCAAAUACCCAGAGCCAGACAGGGAAGGCACCCGGAGGGGAGAAAAGCACCGGCUCGACGCAGGAGUCCGCGAUGAAGAAGAAGAAGAAGCAGAAGAAAGCCAAGGGGGAUCCCAAAACGGGCCAGGAGGAGGAAUCCCACACUUGUUGUGGCUGCCGUUUCCCGCUGCUGCUGGCGUUGCUGCAGCUGGCCUUAGGCACCUCUGUAACAGUGCUGGGCUUCCUUAUGGCAGGCAUCAGUUCCUCUCUGCUAGUCAGAGACACUCCAUAUUGGGCUGGGAUAAUUGUCUGUGUGGUGGCCUUAGUGGGAUUUGUUAUGCUUUGUAUUUCGUACCAACCCGAUGAGAAGACAUGUGUGCAGUUCACAGUGAAGCUGCUGUAUUUUCUCCUGAGUGCCCUGGCUCUGGUUGCCUGUGUUUUGGCAGUGGCUUUUUCUGCACACCACUACUUGCAGCUGACCAAGUUCACCUGCGAUGCCAUCCGGGAGUCCUGCCAGUGCAAACUGGACACUGCAGACCCCCUGGGCCGGACCUUCGUGUACCAGGACGCGGCCGACUGUGGCAGCCUGACCAGCAUGCUCAGCCUGUACCUCCUUCUGCAGAUGGCUCUCAACCUGGUGGCAGCCCUGGUGUGCCUCCUGACGUGCUUCGUGGUGUGGAAGCACAGAUACCAGGUUUUCUACGUGGGCGUUCGCUUCCAGCCUCUCGUGGCUGCUGAAGGCCACAGGCAGCAAGUGUAGGGUCUGGGCUGGCAGGGGGUUGUGGCCAGAGAUGGGAACUGCCACCGCAGACACCGCGGAGGGAUGGACGCUUGGAAGGUUUUUGAAGAGGAAAAACGCUCACACGGCUUUAAUGAACAUAUUUUUCAAUCAUUUUAGGAGCAUUUUUCAUGGCUGCUCUUGCAAAAAGGCCUCUUGUGAGGUUAGCUAGAGGUCACAGAGUCCUAAAGAUGCAGCUGUACAAAUGCUCCCCAAAGAGGAUCUUUAAUAGCCAUAGAUAAAAUCAUUGGGAACUCAUCUGCAGGGCUACAACCAUUACAAAAUAGGGUCCAUUUCCCUCUUGCCUUCAGAGAAGCUAUGCCAAUUUCUACCAGAUAAGGAUCUAAUCCAAACUGCUUAAUUAUAUCAGUGGGAACACGCUUCGGGAAUAUAUCAUAUCUUGGUGCUCUGGGUGUAAUCCACACUAACCUGAUGGGAAUUUAACAUUCAGGAAAGUAAUGAGGGAGGUCAAGUCUUCUUCCAUUGUAGGUUGAGACCAACACCAAAGUGAAUAUAUUGAUGGCUGCCAUAUAAAACAUACAUAUAACUUUUCAGAGUGAUUAAUGAUAUGGGCUACCUAACGUAAUUACCAAUAAACAACAAAUAUGAUCGAGUUCACGGAAGGUUCUUUAUCUCGAGCCCUACUUGAGACUCCAGGCAGAUUUCUGAUAUUUGGGAGAAAAGAUCAGUUUAAGGAAUCUUGAGUUUCACUCCUGAAGUAGAGUAUAAAUCACUAGUCUUGUUGAAAACUAUGUCCCUAUUGCUCUAAUUGCUGGCUGACAAACCCAGAUUUUAGCCAGUUCCACCAAUUAUACUCCAAGCACAAAAGGCCAAAUGCAUUUUUGGUGUAACUCCUCUGAAGACAAUCGGCCUUACACACCAGCAGUGGAGUUGGGCCAACAGCCCUGAAAGAUAUAUUCCUGCAACAAUGAAUGUUUUUAAAAUGGGGUGGAGGGAGGGAAGCAAGAAGAGACUGCCAGUCUCCCAAAGACAUCUCUGAUAAUGAUGAGGGCAACAGAGUAAUGAUUUCUUAAUGAGGAUGGAAAAACAAACUGUGUUCAGGCAGUGCUUUUUCACCCUGAAAGUGCAGCUCUAGAAGUGCUUUGCUCUUGUUAUCCUUAUAGCAAGACAACGACGUUGGUUUGUCCCUUGAACUGCCAUUUCCACUUGCGCAGCAUGGACAUCUAAAUUUAGGAGCAGUUCCUAAUUGGCAGCAUUUGGCACUGCCUCCUGAUCCAUAUCUGUGCAAGAGCAAGCCAGCUGGUGCUCACACCCUGCCAUGACGAGGGAUUUCCCGAUCCCAGCCAGAAUGAGGAUGUCUCUGAGGUGGGGUGGAGCAAUCACAUGCCAGAAAAAUUGUGCCAUAAUCAUUAGCUAGGAGGAAGCAAAUGAAAUUUAUAUAAAGCUUCAAAGAAAAAAAACCAGCCAACUUUCUGCAGCAAAAAUAGUCGUCAGAAAGUCAAACACCCAGACUGGCAAAAACCUAGUUGCCUAAGGAGCUCUAAUCCUACCAAAAAAACCCCUGUUUUCCAAAUGGUGAUCACACAUCACCCAGGGGCUAGACUGUCAAGCCUCCAGAGUCAGAAGAUCACAGCGUAGGGAAGUCUCCUGUGGCCCACCUAGAAAGAACACUGCUGGGUGUAGGGGCUGUAGUUUUAGUCAUGGAAAGUGCCUCUGAAGUAGACAUAGCAUCACCAAGGUGCUUUCUGCCAAGGCACAAAGCGAGGAGCUGCGAAACAUGAAGGGUUUUGAGAUCUGCUUCCAAAUGACCUUUCUUACGCACCUAUAAGUAACAACCACUGGUAAGCCUGGCUGCAGGGCACAUUUGCAAGGGUGCCCAUGUCACCACCCAUGUCAAGACCUCAGUCUGCCUCUCAGGCACUUCUGGGGCAAGCUGAGACAGGAGAGGAGCGGGAUGGCAGGCUGGUGAUGUCAGACUCAUCCUUGGGGCCAUCCAUGCAGUUCUGGCAUGAACCAGCCCAUCUCCCACGGCUCCAGUGCUGCCAGCAGUGCUCACAGACCUGUGCCAGGGCCAUCCUGCCCGGAGAUGGGUACACAGGGGUGCCUCUCAACUUGUGGUGUGCUCAGGUUUGUCCCCCAUCCCACACAUGCCUCCAGCUGUGCUCUCUGUGCAAACUCAGGGCAGAGGAUGUACCUUCCUCCUACCUGCACGGCCCUAGGUGCACCUGCCCCUCCCUCCAGCCAAAAAUGUGGGAUUCUCUCUCCACACAGAAAAUAACAAGAAGCAGGAAAAGGAUCAAAGGGAGUCUGAAUGAGAGCUGAGCUUUGGGGCCUCCUCCAACCCUCACCACGGCACAGAAAGAGGAAGGCUCUGCUGGCAGAGCAGGGCAUGCUUCCCCCUUCCAUCCAUCCCAAAUGUGUCUGUUGUUCAGGGGAUAGCAGGGUGCAGCACUGCAGCCCUGGCCCAGCGGCAUUUCCACCCGAGCUGCCCUUUGUCUCUUUAAUGCUGUGACCUCUGCCUCACCCGCACGUCUUCACUCCCUGUCUCCCAUGGCCUCCCAGGUGCUGCCAUGGCCCCAGAGGCUGUGGGAUGGGGCUGGGCUGGCAGUGCCUGGCCUCUGCCUGCUCACCCCGGGCUGAGAUUUGCUGGGGCUGCUCUGGAGCACGGCAGACGCAGCGGGGAUGAUCACAGAGCUGCUGUAAAUGCCUUCGGCGUGCCGGCAGGGAGGAGAAGGGAGGUCUGGAUAACAGAGCCUGCUCCGCUUAACAAGCAGUGAACCUCCGUAUCAGCUCACCCUCCUCUUCCAGCCACGAAUUCGGUUUGCUAAUCAGCACCAUGCAGCUUAACCCUUUGCUCUGGAAGAAAGAGAUAUUCAUCAUAUAUUCUAUUGGUGGUUUAUAUGCUUAAUGAAUAAAUACGGGGCAUUUCCAUCUA